AACACGAGUAUCGAUUGCGUGUCGCGUGCAAAUGAAUGAAAAUAUGGCCGACGAAGGCGAGGACGAAACUUGUGAUCAAACCAAGCCAAUUCCCUGGCAAGUAAGUUUGUAUUACGUUGCUUUAUUUGUCGAAGAAUAAUAUUUUCUCUACAAGCCGCUUCUACAGUAUAUAAAGGAGGGGAAUACUACUAUUUAAGAGCGACGGUCGACAGGAAAUAUCGACCAUCGAGUGGCAAGAGUUGAAAAAUCCAUUUCCUUCAUUUUUUGUCCAUAAAUAGCUUUUAGGUAGAUAAGUGAUCUGAUGUAAGUUGUUCCUGCAAAAAGCCUUUUAUUUUCGAGAAAAGUAAAAUGGCUGUAUUUUCAACCCGAAAAUUUGCUAGCAUCAUCUCUCCUCGUGUUCGCAAGUAAAGCAGUAAGGAGAAAUUUGGACACUUUCCAUCAAUAGAAUAACUCUUCUUCUUUCACUAGAAGAUACUUUCAAAGCAAUAUCAAGACGCGUUGAACUAACAUAAUUCAAAAACGAAGAACAGGUUGUUACGGUGAUAAUAACUUUAAUUUAGUAGUUGUUUUCUGCGGCAUUUUUCUUCUUGUGGUAUAGCUCCAAAUUUUCCCGGUCCUCGUUAACAUGCGUAAAGGUGUCGUAAAGAGACUGUUUAAGCUCUGCGUAAAGCUGGUGUAAAUGCGCUUUAAAGUAGAGACUUAAACCAGCGUAAUUGAAGAGUAAAGUUGGUGUAAAGAUCUUAUUUAGACAAUCCUUUUACGCGUUAAGCGGACUCGCAAAGGAGUAGUAGUUUAAAAAACAGGGCCCCUUUCCGUUUCCAAUUUUACAUUACCAUAACCAAUUUUCAAAUUGCCUAUCUUUAUUUUUACAGUUCAAAUCCCAUGAAAAUCACCGGGUAUGCUACAUUGUUGUAACUGCAAAAGCUGCAAAUACGAAUCGCAUUCUUUAAGUUUAGUCCCGUAUAAAUUAACAAGGUUUUAAAAAACAAAACAAACUGAUACUCUAAAACUGAAUUUUCUAAAUAUAACAUGAUUUAUUUCUGUGUUAGCAUUUUUGGCAUUACAUUAAAAAUUAAAAAAAACGAAAAUUUUUCCAACACCUAAGGUUUAAAUAAGAAGAUACAGUGUACAUAAACUUUUCAAAUGGGUCAAAACAGUCUUCUCAAAAUAUCCAAAAAAAAUCAUCUUAAAUUAGUAUUAUACCAAAUUAAGAAGAUUUAUAGUUUAAAAUAAUUAUUAGUAUUUACAUGUAAGGUACAGGGUGUACAAGAAAACUGAUGAAGUUAAAUUUUGAUAAAAAAACAGCAACUCUAACACACAAAUUAAUGUAAAGGUGGGUCAAAAUGGUCUCUUUCAAAAUAAAAAUAUUUAGUAUAAUUUAGCAUAAUUCAAAUUAAAAGCUUAAACAAUUUUCGAUAAGAAAUAAAAAGACUGAAAGCCUAAUAGAUGUAUAACAUUGAUGGUUUCUUGAUUUAGCCCUUUCACUCGCAGAAGUGUUUACAGUCAAAUUUAACAACAAAAUCCAAAUAACAAAUCAUUUUCAUAAACUGAUGAUGUAAAAGUUAGAUCUACAAGGCUGUCACUAAGAUUGCAAGUUGCAGGGUAAGUGAAAUUAGUGAGCGGGACAUUGAAAAUGUGGAAAGUUUCGUUUCCUCUCAAAAUAGCCAAGUAUUGGGCUCAAAGUAGCCAAUUUAAAGUCUGGUUUAUGGCCCUUCGUGACAGCCCUGGAACCACUUUACAAGACUAAGGCUUGUAAUUAACAUGUAUUAAUCCUGUUUGCUUUGAGAGGACUUUCUGUCACCAACAUCCCAUACCAGGCUGAUCUGCUGAAUAAAUAGAAAGCAAGUAUUAUUUGAGUAAACUACACAGAUUACUUGUAGGCUAGUGAUAAUACACUUAAUCGGGCACUAAAGGCACAAGUACAUGUACAGUAAGGGGGUGUUCACAUGAGAAAACUCGCACCGGCCCGAGUCUCAUACCGGGAUGACUUUUUGAUUUUGUAUCGGGUUUAUAUUAUGACUGAGUCAUUUCAUAUCUUGUUAUUUGAAGGUACACUUCAUGCUGAUAAAACACAAGUGUGAUUCAAAAUCGCAAACAUUACGCAUGCGCUACCCAUUCCAGUCUACCGGCAGACCGAUUUCACGCUGAAACGGGUGGUCGUUUCGCGUUUACAUGAUACUGCCGUGAGAUUUUGUACCAGAGUGAAAUUCUCGCCCUGAUACAAGAACCAGGGUGAACUCACGCUGGGGUGACUCGCACUGGCAUGACAUUUUGUGGUGGUAUCAUGUAAACAAAUAUAGAGCCAUGAGAGGGAAUCGGAGUGAACUCGCUCCGGGGCGAAAGUUGCCCCGGUGUCAUGUAAACACUCCCUAAGUUGCCAGAGGACACCACCUGCUAUUACUAAUUAAUAAUAUUUUUUCCUGCACUUAUGGCCAAAUUACUACAAUCAGCACAAUUUUACUUGACAAAGGGUUCCCCACAUGCCUCUUUUCACAAACCAAGACUAAAAAUUUGAAAAAAUGAUAAGGCAUUUUCCACAAGGGGUCUACUAACAGUGCAAAACCUGAGCAGCAAAUGAUUUCAAUGUCUACAAAUUCACACAACUGAAUAAGAUUCAUCUGACUGUUAAAGAUUCAAAAUGUUUGACUAGUAUGAGUUAAAGGCUUUCCUUUGAGGCGAUAAUAUUUACAUUUAGAACCCUACUUGCAGUUGAGUGAAAAUCAGGGUAAAAUGCUACAUGGAAAUCCUAUAAUAAUAAUAACAACAAUAAUAAUAAUAAUGGGAACUUUAUUUGUGUUUUUGAAUGUACAUUAUUGUUAAUCUCGCUACGUAUAGGCAAUUUACAAAUGCUGCUUGAGAUUGGAUAAUAAUAAUAAUAAUAAAAAUAAUAAUAAUAGUAAUGAACUUUAUUAAAGUCUCAUGUCUUAUAGCACAGGCACAGUGCCUUACUAAUUGGGGAGACUGAAGCAUAUAUAUAUGUUAAUUUAUUAACAAUGGUUUAUUAUAUUAUUAGAGUUCAAUGUUUUGCAAUGUAUAUCUUUUUUUAUUUUCAUGUAUGCAUUUUUAUAAAAGUAUCAUCCAUUAAUAUUGUUGUAGGUGCUAUGAAAAACCACUGGAUGUACAUUAUUAUUAUUAUUAGAGAGUAAGCAGCGUGCAAAGAAAGUAGUGUCCGAUAGCCCGGGGAUAGUGGAUUUUGAACUUAACUUGCCCGACGGGCAAAUGAAGUUUUUUUGAGGAAUUCAAAUUAAAGAAGAACUGUGAAAUCAAUUCUGCUCAUUAAAACGUUUUGGGGGCUAGAUGAAAUGACAUUUGGGCUAGUAUAUGCUAGCUUCAGCUUGCCCGAAUGGCAAGCUCUAAAAAUCACUUUCUUUGCACCCUGGUAAGAGAGAAAUUUUCCUAUCCACUUGUCCUUCACACAAGCAAUACAUUAAAUUUGGUUGUCCGAAACCUAGAGUUCUUGUCCAAAAAGUUUAUCUUGCAAUGGGCAUUUAAUGUUUUUAAUCACAUUAUUUAAUCACAUUAUCACCCUUGUAUAUUAUUUUUGAAUUAAACCUACAACAGAACUUGUGAAAAAGCAAAUGAAUGAAACAACUGGCGGUGGAAUGGCAAAGUUAAAUGGAAUAAUUAAGGCAACUGUUUCUUAUCUUUAUUUUUCUAAUUAAUUUGUGCUUGUCCCACGGACAAGUCAUAUCAAAGGUUUACAUGUCUGAAGUACAUUUCUACCAGUCCCGGACUAAAGUUCCAAAUAAAUAAACAUUCCUAGCCUUCUCAUGAGCUCCACCAAAGACUUUCAGGGAAAAAUAUACAAACAUAUAAGCACCUUAUUCCCAAAAGUUUCAAAUUUUCCUGAAACUUUACCUAAUAUAUUUUUUUUCCUUUUUAAUACGAAAUGUUCAAGGUUCCUAGUUAAUGUAACAGGAGUGAAGCCACUUUGCUAUUCAAAGCCCUUAUUCUCAAUCUUGAAAACAAUGCCUCCUAAUAAUAAUGUACAGUGUACCCUGUAAAUAAAGCAGCCUAUUUUCUUUCCUUGCUACCAGGGACAUUUCACAAGAGAGACAGCUGUAUUUGCAGAUUAAUAAUGGUGUAUGUAAUGACUCUCUUAAGGGUCUUAUCUUUCACAACUUGUUUCUUUAAAUUUUAUUUUCCUUUAAACUUAGAGUUACUGACGAUACAACUAUGGUGCAAAUAGAACAAUUUCUGGUUUCUAACAUGACUGUGUGCUUUGCUUCCCAAAAAGUAAGGCAUUCAAUUUCCUGACAGUAUGUACUGCACUGUACCCUCUCAAGAACCACAAAUAUUAUAUAAUUUCAUAAGAGCUGUGCACAAUGAAGAUUGAAAUUAAUGGGAAUAUAUAAAAUGAAUCAUACAUUGAACUGCAGAUGAAGGUAUGAAACUGUGAAGAUGUUAACAACUAUGUUGGCACUUACAUGAAAAUACAUUCUAAUUUAAUCAUGCUCUGCAUUAGCUAUGCAUUGAAAGACUCAUGAAAAUUUCUAUUCAUUCUCUGUUCAUUUAAGUUAAAACCCCCGUAAUUUAAAAUCAAAAAUAAACUUUUGUACCUGUUUCAAAAAAUACAUGCACGCUGUUAAAUUAUUCAUCACUUAUGACCUGGAUUGCAGAGAGGUUUUGUUCGCUAUGACUGCCCGGGGAAUUGGGAAGCUUGGGUUUGUUACUGACUGACGCAUGAAAAUAUAGAACCAGACUACGUAGAUUAUCUUUGCCUACUUGCAAAUUCAACACUGUCUUGUUAACGCUUUUCUAUUCUGUUUAUUAGUUCUUCUGUAGUCUGUGAAAAUUUUCAUAAGAAUGUAUGUAUCACAUUACAUGUAAGCUUACUUUAUACAGAUGUCCUUUCUUAAUUCCAUUAUUUUCUUUUAGUAAUUCCCAGUACCAGUGACCAAACUCCUAUUUUCCAGUACAAAAGAAGGAAAUUCUACCCCUUCAGACCCCCAAAGGCCUUACAUGAUUUUACAUUAUCAUCUUCAUCGUCAUGGUCUCGUUGCUUGCUUAGUAUUGAAAGGUUAUGCCAAUUAAAUACACCUGUUUAGUUAUACUUACUUUUAACGGUUAAUGCUGGUUUCAUUGCUCACUGAAAUGUUAGUUACUGAGUACUUGACACAGUCAUUGGAACUCAUAAUAAACAAGUUUGGAAUUAAGCUUAAAAAGUUAGAGAAAAGGUGAGCCAGGACAACUUACCUUGCGUUACUAUCUGCUCUUUUCAUUGAGAUCUUGAGUAUCGAAGAGCCUUAGUAAUACGUGUAAUACAGUCUUGGUCUGUGUCAUUCCAGUGUUAAUGCUUGCGCUUCACACGAUGUUUCUGUCUCCAUUUCUGACUGAGUAUCUCGUCCCGAAAAGGUUGCUGUACACUUGAGAAGUGAUCGAUUACUAAAGGCUGAUAGUGCCAUUAUAAAUUGUAACAACCUGAAGAUGUCCUGUGAUGCUAUCAAGAAGCAUAAUAUAUGAACGAUCUCCAAACUUUCAAAGAAGCAAGUUUGAAUUUGGACACUUUCAAAAUCGGUCAGUAUAAAACACGGACUGCGGACUGCGGACCACGGACUGCGGACUGGGUAUAAAAUACGGACUAGGUAUAAAAUGCGGACUCCGGACUGAGUAUAAAACAGGGACUAGGUAUAAAACGCGGACUACGGACUAUGUAUAUAAAAACAGCUUUAGAAGGUAAAACUGAGAGAAAUAGAAAGCGGACUAGCAAAAACAGUAGUCCCAGCUUUAACGCUGUUCACGUAGUCUAUUCUUCCCACGGAGAAGGAAGGUUAUGCCGGUACUCAAGGCAACUGAAAUCAAACUCUGAAUUUUAUGAAAAGAAGGAGUUUGAAGAGAUUUCAAUUUGCAGUUUUACACCAAUAGGAAGCACAGAAUAAAAAAAAAAAAUAGUAUUGGUGUUAGUCAGAUCAGUAAAAUUCUUAUCGGAUGCCACAAUUCCUUUUCAAAUAAAGCCUUGGGAAUGUGAGGACUGAAUGAAGAACUUAGACGAGAAGGUCAAUGCGAUGCACAAAAGCAGUAUUUUGGUGCGAGGGAUUACUCACAUACGCGAAUAAUAACCGAAAUGAGUCAUCCAACGUUAUAUUCUAAGCGAUGAUUAUGAUGACAUGAUUUACACCCUGCUCCUGAUCACCGGAAGGGGGUACUACUGGGAAUUCUUGGUGGAGGUGUAGUGCCCGGUUCUCCGAAUCCUGACAUUAUUGCAGACCACAAAAUUGUCAUUGUCCACACCCGUUUUCAGGCUAGAUCUCUAAAAUCCAUACCCAUUUUCGGACCUGGCCUAAUUUAGCCUGUUCCAGGUUCUCAGAUAGUUGGGGAGACUUCCCAGUUUUCUCCCGUUUUAUUUUCGUGUUUUCGCUUUCUCAAUUCAGCGGACCCAACUAUCUCAGAGCCUUGAACAGGUUAGGUCUAAUUAGGCAGAAAUUUUGUCAUCAUUACCAAGCUAGAGCGGAAACAAAAAAAUUUUCCAAAUGCAUUUCUAUUUCGUUCUUAUUCAUUUGGAACUGAAACGAUAAAUACGUCCAGUCAUGUACGCUCCCGUUGCUCCCUCGAAAACCAUACCCGAUUCCACACCAAAAUGGGCAAAGUGUUUUCAGACCAAAAAGGCCCAAACCCCCUACCUUUCCAUUAUAUAAGGGAGUACCACCCCUGAUCCUGACCCCUUUCAUGAUUGUUAGAGACCAAGACAAGGUCUAAAAAUGGGUGAAGAAAAUAGCAUUUUGAUCCGGCUCAUGAUUCAGAGAACCGGGCGGGACACCUCCACCAAGAAUUUAUAUGAGUAUUUACAACUUUAACUCACGUGUCUUGCUAUUUAGCGAUCUUUUGACCUUAUUUUUCCUUACCUAGAACCAAUUUGCACGGUUUUUACCAAAGUAGUCCGUAUUCCGUAUUUUAUACCCAGUCCGCAGUCCGUAGUCCGCAGUCCGCAGUCCGUGUUUUAUACUGACCGCUUUCAAAAUGGACGCCAAAUCAACGAACCUGAUUGAGCAUGUGCAAAGGAACAAGCCCGCUGACCAGGUGUCCCUUCAUUCUAUUGUUUCCUGGCCCCUUUCUUUUAACAAAUUGUCCGUUCCCAAAACUGAAGUCCGCGGACUUAAAAUAAGGAGGCGAUAAAGGAGGUUCAACGAUGAAGCCAGUACUCCGUUGAAUGUAAAAUAGUCAGAGUAAUUUGUGAAUGCGUUCUUUCUCUUUAAGUAAUGCGUUCUUUCUUUAAGUAAAACUCGCCGUUUUUGCGGGGCGAUAUUUUUUCUUUAUUUUUCCAAUUAUUUCAAUUUGAUCAAAUUACAGUUGAAACUCUCUACAACGGCCACCUUAGGGACAUCAGAGAAAGUGGCCAUAGUAGAGAGGUUGAAAGAAGAGUGAAUGUAUGUCAUGUAUGAACCGUCCGCCGAAAAAAAAAAAAAAUGGCCCGUGUAGAGAGGUGACCGUUAAAGAAGAGAUGGACGUUAGUUCGGAGGUUCGACUCAAUAUCACAUGAUACUACCUCAAUUUUUUCUGGAAUUUGGUGAGCUUAAAAUUGCAACAAACUGUAGUAUCAAACACCUUAUACUGAUUGAAAUCAAUGAGGCAAUACUACUGAGUAUUGCAGGCUAUUGUGUUUGCCGCGACAGAUAUGCCGUUUUUCGAAAAUUGCCGCACAGUCGCAAGCUAUAUCUUUGCAUGAACUCUGCCAGCAGAAUUUUCUUUUCAGCGUCAUUUUUAAGCGUGUACGAAGUCGCUCGCACCGCCAAAAAAAAAUUUGCGUGGUUGGCUUGUUUACAUCGCACACCAACAUCGAACACCAAAUGAGUGAUCAAAAAACCUAUGCGAACUAGUAUCAGGACACAAACGACUUACUAUAAAACAGUGCCGGGAAUAAAUUCCUGUUAGGAAGGUAGCAUUAUAUGACAACCUUACUAAACCUUUACUUGUAGCGUAAAUGAACGUAAAGCUGUUACAACAUCUUUAUGCUAGCUUUACGAAACCUUUAAGAGCCGAGCGCGUAAAUUUACCUUUACAAACCUUUACGCGCCGUGGAAAGUUUGCGUAAAGUUGAAUGACCAACUUUACGCAGGUUUACGCAAACUUUAAUUUUGCGCAAAUCUCCAUUUUCAUGCUGUGUUAAUACUUAAUCUUUAAAUAGCAAGCAUUUGUCAAAGACAGUUUCUUUAGCAUGAAAAUGAAUAUAAAGCGAUUGAAACUAAAACAAAACGCUGCUUAAAGAUUAGAUGCUUCUGUUUUUUUUGUGAGGGUUAUGCCAGGUGAAUGACUAUUUGCAAAGGACCUUUUUUCAGCUAGUUAGUCACGUGGUACAAAACCACCCUACUAGAGAGCAAGAAACGCACACGCUCGGAGACUAACAUCGUAUGGUUGCAGAAAAUAUCCAUACCCCUCCCCCUUCCCACAGAGGGCAACGGAAAUUCAGAGGGGAGCGGGGGUCCAAAAGGAGGCAAUUUUCGAGUGGUUGGGGGUGGCUUCUCUAGUCUUUUUUUUCCGGGGGCUCCGAGUAAGAUUGAUGAGCAAAUUAUUGUUUUCAUCGAUGAUCUUUUAUCGGUGAUCUUUUAUUUGCAGUCGGCUUAGUGCCGUUUUUCACGGCUCGCACGAAAGUGUAUGUAACACGAUUGUCGUCGGCACAUGAAUAAAAUUCCAGUUAUCUAUCUGUUGCUGUGUUGCACAAUGUAUUGUGGUAUUCAAUGAAAUGUGGUCAUGUUCUAAUAAGCCUUCCUCUUCUAACAUGUCUGAAAGGAAGCAAUUGAAGUUCACUGGUUUGAGAGAUGGCAUCACUUGUGUCGUGUACGUCCGUAUCGCCUCCAUGGUUCUCAGUGACUUACCGUUAACAAUUAACUAAAAAAGACCUCUACAAGAAAAAUUGAGAUUAUUUGACACUGUAUUAACUUAAUUUCUUUAUCGCAGAAACAAUUGUCUUUCGCAUAAUAGUAAUUCGCAUAAUUCCUUCCGGGGGAUACACGACCAUUUUUCAAACUUACGGAAAUUCCAGGGGGUGGGGGAAGGGGGGGAAGCACCCCCUGGAAUGGAAAUUCCAGCGGGGUGGGGCGUGUAAAACAAAAACCUUUUCCGUGAAGGGGGGGUGGGGGGUAGGGAUAAUUUUUGGAGCUACAAAAUUUAAAAGAUGUUAGCCGUAUGUUUGUCUUGUCCCACUACGUCCCUUGCUCUCCAGUAUCAGGAGCGUAUGACCCAUUGGGUCAUAGGCUCCUGCCAGUACGCAUGGCGAUUUUGGAUCAUGUUGUCGAUGCUAAAGCUCCCUAAUGUCUAGCUGCUAAGGGCCUAGAGCAGUUCUAAGCAGCAAUUGUUUAUGGCUUAAUUUAGGGAAAUACUAAAUAAAAACUGUCCACCUGUCAUAGGACGGGUCAUAUCGGACACGGUUAAAUUGCCAAUGAAAUUUACGGAGAAAACUACUAAAUAAUUCAAUUUAGUGAUAUAAUUAGCUCAUGACCUAUUCUUCAACCCGUUAUAUGAAAAUCAAGAAAGAAUCAUUUCUUGUGUGGCACAAUGUAUGCCGACAAGCUUCAGCUUCAAAAGAAAACAGAAGAAGAAGAAGAAGAAGAAGAAGAAGAAGAAGAAGAAGAACCUUUAUUAAUUUAUACCGCUCAGGGUAGCCCCUUCAGACGCAAAAAGCUGUCUGUUAUCAAUGGGAGCCCUGAGCAACAACGCACAAAAACACACUAAACAUAUAAACAUUACACUAAUACAGGUAAUAAUAUAAAUAGAAAACUAUUUUCAAUUAAAAGAUUAAAAGAUGUAAAACACGAAAUAUCAUUAAGAUAAUUCGUUAAAAAGAGUGCAACCAUAAUAAUAGAAGGAUCUUUUUGCAAUUUCAGUUCUCACAGCAGGCGGAUGUAAGAGGUUGCUUUGUCUAGUAGCGCGCGCAUGGAUUGUAUUAUUACGUUUAAAAUAAUGUUUAAAAUACUGGGGACAUUGACCUUGCAGGCAUUUCUUAACGAGUUUAAAAACAGAUUGACGUCGGCGGUCCUCCAAGGUGGGCCAUUUCAGAACGUCCAAUGCCUGCUUGCUGCGCACAGUACAAGCCACUAUCCUAGCAGCCCGGUUUUGGAGGGCUUCAAGGUCUUGUUUACGACCUUCCCCGCAACAGCCCCACACACUUACACAGUAUUCUAAAAUUGGCCUAAUUAGACUACAGUACACUACAUUUGCACUCUCUCUAGUGAGGCUUCUGCGAAGCCUGCCGAGCAUUCCUGGACGCGUUUUCCCGCCUUCGAAAUUAGGUACUUUAUUUGCUCGUUCCAGCUAAGGCGGUCAUCAAAAACUAUACCUAGAUAAGUGAAGUGAAAAACCCGCUUAAUUACAUUGUUAUUUAAAGUAAUAGAAAAAGAGUUAACAGCAGAUAAUCUAGGGGCGGUUCCGAAAAGCAUAGCUUCGGUUUUUGUUACAUUAACAAACAGACUAUUUAAAGAAAAAACAGGACGAAUUGAGCGUAAUUUUGGAUCCUUGAAGCUGAGGAAAUGAGUAUAAAGCCUUUUCCGACAUCUUGAGUGGGCCCUUAACCCUAUUCAGACCUGUCUUCUUUUUUUGUGCUUCCUGCGGUUGAGGGGGGAGGGGGAGGAGGUCUCCUACAGCCGCCCCUAUAACUUCAAAAACGCUUAUGAUACGGCCACCAAAAUUACACAGAAUAAUGUUCUCAUCAUUUCCAACAUCUAGGCACAACUUGAUUGGUACAGUGACGUCAUUAUGACUUCAUAUUGUUGAAUUUCGUCCUCCUCAAAGCGAAAAAUUCUCAAAUAGUGAGGUGUCUAACAAAAUCAAGAUAUAGGUUAACACAUUAGUAACCUUUAACAAUAGCUGUAACGUCAUGUUGGAUCCGCCAUUUUGAAUUAGCUAAAUGUAUUCAAUUUUCCUAAAAUCCCUGUUGGCUAGAACCUCUUUAGAACCUCUAAUUUGAUAGGUUUUUGCUGGCCUGAAGCUCUAUCGUUUCAGAGUUAGGGUUCAUUGUUAGUUUUGUUGUGGUGAGGGCUAUCUAUUGUUUUCUAAACCAAUCCUGUGAGCCGUUCUUAAAACUUCCGGCCCACCCCUGAAAACACGUUUACAUGGGGCUAAUCGUGACAGAAAAAAAUUGAUCUGUGUACAAAAGGAUGCUCAGGAAGCACAAAAAAUUCGCAAGUUUAAGAAUUCCGAGAGAAGCAAACAUUUUUAAAACUUGAUCCCGACAUCUGCCGUUGGUCAUUUUAAAUUCAUGUUUUUUUUUCUCAAAUUAGUUACUAAAAAGCGUUACUAAUAGCCAUAACUGGUAAGUUAUAAAAAAUAUUGCUUAAUUGGGUUUCAUACUAAAUCAAUUUUUUUAAUAAGUAAAAUUACAAAUCCUCCUUUAUACGAAAAAAGCAAAUUUUGAAAAACAUGACUGUCAAAACUCGGUUGCCAUGGGAACAUCAAGGGUAGCGUACACGUCACGACAACUUUUAAAUGUUCUCAGAUAAUUUUUAGGAAAGGUCGUCAUAGACUUAUCAAUGCAUGAGGGCAAAAAAGACUGUCGGCAAGUUGCUAGUCGUGGAAGCGCUGAGUUAUUAUUCAUGAUUUUAUGCUUACUAGUGAUGAUUAGAAUCUUUAAGAGAAAUUAUUCUGUAAGGGGAGGCCAGGAUUUGGUACCUUUAUUAGGCGUCAGGUUUAUCAAACGGUGGGGAACUGACUAUAUGAAGAAACUGAAAGGGUAGGAAAAUCGGAAUUUAAGCAUGUGAAAGGGCCUUUGAAGGGCCUUAUCUUCCAUAGCGACGAGCCUUAAACGUUACACAAGGAGCCCAUGGUAAAACGAAAAUAAUAAGAAGACUCCCUGUUUUAGCGAUUUAUUCUUAUUAAGUGGGUAUGUUAAAGGGGUACCUUUUUUCAGUGGAAGGUAUACGAAAGAGGUACCUCUUUGUAUAUUAUUAGUGAUGAAUUGGUCCUUCGGGGAGGAGCCAUCCCGUAUAAAACCGCAAUGUCCAAAAUCUGGGCUAAACCGAUUAUAAAACCGUGCUUGCGAUUGGCUCGGCGCUAUCUAAGCAAUAGGGUUCCAGAGGCUUUUAAUUCUCGCGCUUGUCACUGCUGAAGGUUUGACUGAAACUGAAAACCACGCAUAAAAAGUCUCUGGCACCCAUGGUAGCUACUCACCCGAUUGAAUUUAAUAGCGAAAACAGUAGAGCCAAAAGAGGGCUUAUACUGAAGAUAUUUCUCCUUUGAGCAGGAAGAGAGGGAGGGGGAGUCAAGUGAUUUAGAGGACUCGGAGCAACCAGUGGAGAUGGUGGAACCGGAGCAACCAGGGGAACCGGAGCAACCGGAGCAACCAGGGGAACCAGAGCAACCAGAGGAACCAGAAUUACCCCGGAAUGUUGAAAAUGCAGAAAAUUGCACUCCAUCAGACAAUGGUAAAAACCAGCUAAAUUCGUUAGUCUUACUGAAUGUUUUGUUGAGCACAGAAAUAUUUAUUUUUUGUAAAUGCUUUUUGAGUCAAAUUUGACCAAUUUUGUAUUCCUCUGACAAAUUUUGGAGAAAAAGAGGCCUUGCUGACCGAAUCAGUGUCACUGCCGCAGAAGCAAAAGCUUCCGAAAGUCGGCGGAAUCUCGUACUGAGAUCGUCCAAACUAUAACACAUGAAGUCUCCAUCUUUUUGCAGUGUUGCUUAGCCUCCCUGGCUGAGUCAAACAAGUUAAAUUCCUAGGGACCCUAUCGAAGUUCAGAAAGAAAAAUAAAAUUUCGUCUUUGUAUUUUCACGUCAUAGUAGUGCAAUAACGGCAAAGAGAUGUACAGAAAAGUGCCAAGCACAGGCUGGAUUCACCUGGAUACCUCAAAGUCCCAAUGUUUUCUGUGAAUCAAGAGGAAGUGAUGUAAUAAAAGCGUUUUGACGAAGGCGUCAUUUGGACGUGCAUGCUCGAUAAAAAAGCAAACGGUCGCUUGCAGUGGUUUCUCUCCCUUCAUAGCACAGCGUCAAGCCUACGUGGAGAAACCACUGCUCGCGGAGUAGUAUUGUCUCGAUGGUCACCUUGAAAGCGUUACUGACAUUUUGCCACAAACGAUUGCUUACAAAGACUCGCUCGCGCGAACUGUGGCCCAUCUCCACAUAACACACGAAACAACUAGAAUAUCUUGAGAAAGUUCCAAGUUUUUUUUUCCAAUACCUGUAAAAAGUAUUAAAGGGAGGUAUUUCAAAAGUGAAGAUGAUUCGUUGCACGAAAUAACAAGUAAAAUUGACUCGUACAUCGAAAGAAAACUCUCACUUUCUCUAAUAUUUCGCCACCAUUGUUUGCCAUCUUAUGCACAAGUCUUCUACCACUUCUUCUUCCUCACUGUGUCACUUCAAGGUUGGCAAAGACUGCUGCAAAAACGCGAAACACGGCAGAUUUUCAUACCAACUCGAAUCCGCUCGAGGAUAUUUCAAAGCCGCCAUGUCGUGAUGUUAGACCACGUUAUGCUAAUAGUUUCAAACAUUUAUAAUUUCCAAAAGUUGAAAUGCUCUGAACUGUAGCUAUCAUCUGAACGAACGUAACUAAUAUUAUUUUGAGUUUUAAGUUGUCCAUUUUUUUGUCUUAGCUAGAACACGCCAUACUAUAAUAAAAGGUGACCAAAAAAAAACAAACAAACAAACAAAGAAGGCCAAUGGCUGAUAGUAAGGCGUCCGCCGUUUUAAAAACAACACCUACAACAUCAGAGUUUUAUCCUCGGUAAUUUUUAACAAGGACUAAUUAAUGGUUAAGAGGUCAUUGAUCAUUCGAUAUUUAGAAAGGUUUAUUUGCAUUUUGUUGAACAGGAAAAAAACCAUCCUCUAACAAAACCAAGAAGAUUGCAGCUGCUGCAGCCGUGGGGGUGGCUGCUACUGCUGUAGGUGUACUUGCCGCUCCAGUGAUUGCUGGUGCUGCUUUGGGUGCGGCUGGAUUCACUUCCGCUGGAGUUGCUGCUGGUUCUAUUGCAGCAGGUGUACAGUCAGCUGUUUAUGGUGGAUCUGUAGCUGCCGGAAGUCUGUUUGCUCUAGGUCAGAGUGCAGGUGCCACCGGAGUUAUUGGCUCAGCGGCGACAGCCGCCAUUGGUGGUGGUACUGGAUUAACUGGGAUUGCUGCAACUCUGGGGAGUUUAAAAUUAUUUGUAAGGCUCGAAAGUUUGCAUGAUUAGUAUGUUAACAUUAACAGCGGACAGCAGAAUUAAACUAAAAACAAAGGUAUAUCGGGCUGCUGCCCCGACGAACAGAACAUGCAUAGAGAAGAGCUUUAAAAUUCAUGCAAUAUCAGACAAAACAAUACUAAAACUAAGAACGAGAAUAAUUUUGGGAAUUUUCAGUUAGUUUAAAUUUGUCACGUUUUGAGUGUCAUGUUAUAUUUUUGAAGGGUGACGGGUUGGUGUUGGGGGGGGGGGGGGGGGUGGGGAGAGGGGGGGAUUUUGGAAGUUGCCCACGUUAAAAAUAUUUAUUUUUUUUCCUUUUUAUAAUGGCUAACUUUCUUUUUUAUUUCUUUUUUUAUUUUUUGUGGCAUUUGUUUUGCCCUUUUUUUUUGUUUUUUUUUGAAUGGCGGUGCGUGAUCACCGAUAGACCACAUUUCCAUUAUAUAUAUAAAAUAUAAACAAAAAAAUAAAAAAAAAAAUAAAGUGGAUAAUUUUUGGAUUUUUUUGUUUUUUUAAAUUUGUUGUGUUUUUGGGGGGUGGGUUUUUUUUGGAGGGGGGGGGGGGUUGGUGGGGGGGGGGGGGGGGGGUUGGAGGAGAGGGUGCAUUCUGAAGAUGUCCCAGUUAAAAAUAAUAGCUUUCUUUUCUCGUUCUAAUAGGAUAACUUGUCUUUUCAUGUUUUCAUUCAUAUUGGUGGGAUUGAUGUUUCCCGUUUUUCUUGUUUAUAUUUGAAACGACUGGCCCAAUCGAAUGAUCGUCCCCAUUUUAUAAAGCAGAAGAACGUAACACGGAAUGCCUUCUGGGGCGGUUAUGCGUCCGCCAUUUUGUCUUUUUUAGUUGGAGACGACUGCCACGGGCAGUCAAAUAGAGUCCUUUAGAUCCGACUACGAAUACGACUACCAGUACGAGUUUACUGUUUUUGAAGGACUGCGCAUGCGUCAUGACCGUGACAACAUCACGCAAGUGAACAAACUCGUUGUCCACUUUUCGUCGCCAACAACUUUUUUCUGAGAAGUGGUAGUGGGGACUACGAGAUUUUGAAGGUACGUUUGUUUCUUUGGCCUAAGGUGAAAAGAGUUGGUUUGUUGUAAAAUGCACCUAGUGAAGCGGUGAAGAAAGUUUUUAAUGGCAAACGUUUGUCACAUUUGGCAAAUGCAACGAAAAUGACAAACCUUUACAGACGCUCUUUACAGCUUACUUUAGCCAAUGUAGCUUCCCCUUUCUGAGAAAAAUAUCUUGCAUUCUAUAAAGCCAUAUUAAAUUAUCGUACCGCGGUGAGGACGAUGAACAUGUGACCGGGAGAAAAAAAUCUUGAGUUACGCAAACGUGGUCGUUCUUUUUCUUCAGGCAGAAUUGCUCUAAGAUUUUCUGGACCUAUAAGCUUAUUUAAACGAUUCGGUAAUUUUCUUCCGAAAGAUGAACUUUAAAUUUUUAUUCAUAAAGGUUCUGGCGAAUCCACCAGUUUUUAAACUCUUACGGGCUUCAAACGUAGUUUCUUUCAAUUAAGGUGAUAUUUUUAGUUAUCGGAAGGUCUUUUUCAUUUUUUCGCCUCUAGAGUUUACCUAAAGAAAAUAAUUUUUCCCUGAGUUAUUAAGGUAAUGCUCUUGAAACAAAACUUGAGCUAUUUCUUAUAUUAAAGGUCAUAUAAGUUAAGCGUUACUUAUUGAUUUAAGGUGGCUCCGUCAUUAAUACAGGCGCAUUUAACUGUUAAGAAGUUUUCGUCAUAACUUUUUUGUUUUUAACGUGAUGGCUGAGAAUCUUUGCAAAGAACAACAGAUAUCAUUCGGCAAUAGUACGAAAUAUUCCGAUUUCGUUGAUGGCAAAUAUAUUUUGCUAAAUUAGCGCUUUAAAGGACCCUACUGUUCAAAGAAAAUUGCGUCUAGUCAAAAACAUUUGCUGAUAUUUUUUACUGAAAUUUCUGGUAUCGGCUUCAAUUGAUAUAAUAAAUAUGGCAGAGGAAUUUCAGAAAAAUCGUUGGAGCAGAAGUCCGUAACUAAAAGUCGCCCCUAAAUUUAGCUGUGAAAUUGUUUUGGAAUUUCAAGAAUAAAUUGCUAUCAGGUAGACGGAGACACCAGUUUGAAUUUUCGGGACAAGUAAAUUCAAUGUUUCCUAAUUCUUAAAGCAAAAGGCGAUUGCCUAUCGCACUAUUCUUUAAAAGGUACUUUUUAGUUUUAGAAGCACUAUAAAUUGCUCCAAUCCUUGCUCUGAAGUAGAAUGACUUGUUUCUUGACAUUUUUGAAAUAUCCCUUGGAAGUUUUGGCUCAAACUCCUGCUACAUGCAUUUUGAUGUAUUGCAAUGCAUUUUCAUUGUUUUUACUGCCGUUCGUUGCUUCCAACUCAGGAAAAAGGUAUUGAGAUUGGACGCUACCUCGUAUCAGAGCUCAGAUAGAACUGUUCAGCACCUUUGUUUAUGACUACAAAAUGAGCACGAGUGGCAGUUCUGCAAAGAAUUCGCACCUCACCCAGGGGAACGAUCGACAAUGAAGCCUAUACCUGUGAACCGAAUCACAUCACAGUGCAAAAUAAAAUUAUCGCAAAAAUACUGCUCGUGAAUAAAUUUACAACUCUGAAAUUCUUGUCACUCCUUCCUUCAAUGAAUGGGUGGUUUUUUUCUUGAUUAUCAUGUUUUGCUCUGCAGUACAUGUUUAUACAGAUCGGUUCGCAGACGUGGGCAUCAUUGCCGUUCAUCCCCCUGGCUGAGGUGCGAAUUCCUCGCACAGCUGCCGCUCGUGCGCAUUUCUUGUCAUAAACAAAGGUGCUGGACAGUUCCGUGAUCUGAGCUUCGAUACAAGGUAAGUUAAGGUAGCUUACAAUCCGAAUACCUAUUUCCUGAAUUGGAAGCAACGUACAGCAAGAAAAGCCGUUAAGGAUGCAUUACAAUACAUCAAAAUGUAUGUAGCAGGAGUUGGAACCAAAACUGCCAAGGGAUAUUAUAAAAAUGACGAGGAACAAGUCAUUCGACUUCAGAGCAAGGUUUGGAACAAUUUAUAGUGCUUCUAAAACUAAAGAGGACCUUUUAAAGAAUAGUACAAUAGGCAAUCGGCUUUUGUUUUCAGAAUUGGCAAAUAUUGAAUUCACUUGUCCCGAAAAUUCGAACUGGUGGCUCCUUCUAGCUGAUAGUAAUUUAUUUUUAAAAUUCUAAAACAAUUUUACAGCUGGAUUUUGAGCGACUAUUAGUUACGGACUUCUGCUCCAACGAUUUUUCUGAAAUUUCUUUGGCAUAUUUAUUAUAUCAAUAAAAGCCGAUACCAGAAAUUUCAGUAAAAAAUAUCAGCAAAAUUUUUUGCUAGACGCGAUUUUCUUUGAACAGCAGGGUCCUUUGAAGCGCUAAUUUCUCAAGAAAUAUUUACCAUCAAUGAAAUCGGAAAAUUUCACAUUAUUACCGAAUGACUUCUGGUGUUCUUUGCAAAGUUUCGCAGCCAUCGCGUUAAAAACGAAUAAGUUAUGACGGAAAUUUGUCACAGCUAAAUGCUCUUGUAUUAAUUACAGAGCUACCUUAUUAGGCAAGCAAUUAAAAAUUUAGUUUGUGUUAAAGUAAAACAGAAGUUUUUUUUCAAAAUAAGUAUUCAUCCCUUCAUUUUCUGCUUUUAUUUUUCAACUGAUGAAAAUAAGACGUGAAUCUUCUUUAAAAACAAAAUGAUGCACUAUUGUGACCUUUCAUCAUUAAUUUCUUUUUUUUUUUACCAUCAGAUAUUUUUAUUGCUAUUUUGGGUAAUGCCAUGUAACUCAACGAAAGUACCUAAUAAAUUGUUGUUGUUGUUGUUGUUGUUGUUUAGACCACCAUGGCCAAAACGUGAAGUAUUCAUCUGGAAAAAAUUUCAUGAGACUCCUUUACUAAAAUAGAUUCUGUUGGAAGAACCGUAUAAGUUUAAUCCUGGAACAAAAGAGAGAGGGACUGCUUGGUCUCAUAUAGCAGACACCUUGAAUACACAGGGAAUGAAGGUAACACAAAGAUCGGUGCGAGAAAAGUUCGACAAACUCAAUCAAGAGUUCAAAGAAAGGGGAAAAAAUGAGAUAAUGACUAGUGGUGCUGAAGUUGAAUAUGAUGAAAAUCAUCAAGCAUUAACAGAAAUUUAUGAGAGGAUGACAUGAUGUGAAGAGGUGCGACAAACAAAGGAAACUACUGAGAAAGUAACAGCAGUGCAAAUGAGAAAGACGGCAACUGAAAAGUUGAGUGCUACCAAAAGACGAAAUAGAGAUGCAUAUGAUUGUGAUGAACCAGAAGAGGAAUCACCAAAGAAGAAGCAAAGCCAUACAAACUUACUGGAAAUGAUGCAGCAGAGUAUAGCCAUGAAGAAAGCUGAACAGCAGGAGCACUGGAAAAUUAGACGAAGAGAGCUUGAUUUAAGGGCAUCAGAAUUACAACAACAGCAGCAAUUUCAAAAAGUUGUUUUGCAACAGCAGCAGAAAUUUCAGCAGGAGCAACCAGCCAUGAAAAAUGCACCAAAAUAAUGCAAAAUAAUACAUCACAUACAUAUAUAUAUAUGUAGCAUUUAACAAUACAAUUUUGUUGGAGAAUUUUUAAUAUGUACGUAUGAUGGUACCAACAUUUUAUAAUGAUGGUAUUUCCACAGAUAGUUUUUUUUUGAAACCAUGAUGGCUGUAUCAUUUACUAUCUCUAAAAAAAUGGUCGAUUUGUUGAUCACCCCACAUUUUUACUGAGCCAAAUUGACUGUGACUUACUAUGCAUGAUUUUUGACUCGUUGUGGUUAAAAAAAUUAAAACUGGAGAUAGAAAGCUACUUUCAUCACAGUUUUGAAUCCCAUUUUCAAUAAUCUCUAUCUCAAAUAAAAUCAAUUUACUUUUUCGUUUCCUCAGUGGUCCGCAUUGAGCGUGACGAUACACAUAUUCUUGAAUAUCAGACUAAAAAAACCCUACUGCAAAUAAAAUAAAAUGAAAUAAAAUAAAAUAAAAUAUGGCUGUUACUUCCCUACGUGUACGGAAAGUAUUUCUGGAAUAGGAUGGCAUUUUUGAUCUGAAAGUGGGUCCUGGCAUUGAUCAGUUAGCGAUCAUACCAUUGGGAGGCACAACAGACUGAAACUUCAAAAAGUGAACUCUUUUAUGACCAUUGCACACGACACGUCGGUUCUCUCCGGGCCGGCAGAUUGGUCUUAUGGUCCCAUCGACAAAGCCACAGCAGUUGUCUAGGGCUGCGCCCUUCUGGUGGAUUGCCCGGGCAACCUCCUCCAUGUUCAUUCGGCUGUAACCAAUGCUGAUUGAGAUCUUGAAGAAGAUGACCUUGAGUACUGACAACAUGGUCGGUUACUUCUGCUUAAAUGAGGCUUAUUUCGGGAACCGAAGAGUAUGCGAAUCUCUUGAGGAGCAUCAGAAGCCCUUCCUCUCCAGAAGCCACAGUUCCGUUCGGGCAGGUGAAUUUUGUAUUCUUAGAGCCUGGCUAAGAAGUUCUAUUUCGUAGGGAGCAAACCUAAACUCAGCUUUCACUUCAGCAUCCGACAUCUGGGGGCGGUCUUUGAACUGUACUUCAAUUUUAUCAAAUUCACAAUACGGAAACGGCGGAUUCUUCCUGGUUAAGUCGUUAAAAAUGCUUAGCACUUGCUCCUCGUCCAUCACGACGUCCAGAUACAGCACCAUAGAUGCUCCUAAUAAAUUUUUCUUCGAAAACAUUGCGACAAAAUUAGCAGCACGAAAACAUAAACACAAACUCGCACUCGUUGCGACAUCUAGCGACAGUGAGUACGAGUCCAAGUAAACAGGUCCCAGCCUCUGCGCGGCCACAACUCGUACUCGUAGUCGGAUAUAAAGGUCUCUAAUAGCAAGUGGAGUUGACGGAAUACGACCUAUUCGAUUCUAAAUUCAACAGCACAAAAUGUGUUGACAACAUUUGAAACUAAUCGAAUUCCAAAACAGCAACUAAGGAAAUAAAGUACUUCAUAAAAGGAACUUUGAAUGACUUUUUGUUAUAAACGAAAAGAGAACCGUGAAUACCGCUGUUUAGUUUCCUCACGCCAUAUUGGCUUUUCCCUUGCAACGUAGUAACAUUCCAGAAAUAUUUCUGGUGUUCAGGUUUCUGAUCGUGAGUUUCACAGUCUGAAAAGUUAGUGAUGUAAAUAAAAUGAACAUAUAAUCUCUAUUUAUAAGCUGUUUAUCUCUUUUCAAAAUCUUCAGUUAACCUGAUGUAUUCAAAACGAUAAUAUGUACGUCAAAUCGAAAUUUAAGGACGUUAACUGAAAUAAUUGAAACCAAGAAGCUCUAUAAUUAGUCAGUUUUAAAGCUUGCAGUGCUUUUACACUAGAGCAUAGUGAUGAUGGUGAUGAUGAUGAUGAUGAUGAUGAUGAUGACGAAGAAUGUAAUGAAAAAGGAAAUACUAUUUAAAUUUGCUGUCCAAAUACUUUCGUAGGUUUGAACCUUUUUUGUCACUGAUAGAAUAAUAAAAGAACGUUUUUUCCUUGACAACGGAUAUUAUUAAUAAUGCACAGCAGAUACAGAAUAACUUUGGUCAUGAAUCAAAUGUGCAAAAACACACCAAUUAAACAUAUACACUCAUUUAAUUUAUAGGGAAGGAAAUCAGACACCAUAAAGUUGGUGAUUUGUGGCAGCGGAGAUGGAGCCCAUGUUUUUGCUGGUAUCGCAUCUUCUCGAAAGGAAGCUGACGUUCGAGUUCUUGCUUUGCAUAAAGAUGAGGCAAAGCGCUGGAAUACUGCACUGCAGCAAAAGGAACUUGUGGUUACAUUUCGUUGUGAAGGGGAAAAUACCUCCAGUAUUGUAUCCAAACCAGCUCUGGUGACAACAAAGCCAGAAGACGUUAUGCGAGAUUCUCAGAUGCUGAUAUUUAUGAUGCCUGCGGCCUGUCAUCAAGUUUAUUUAGAGGCUUUAGCACCGCACGUUCAACCUGGCACCAUUAUAGUUGGUUUACCGGGGAACCCUGAGUUUGACUUCCAAGUUGGUCACGUGCUCGGAGAAAAAGCACAGCAAUGCACCAUCAUGAAUUUUGAGUCAUCACCUUGGACGUGUCGUACUACUGAGUUUGGAGUUAAAUGUGAGGUGACUCGAAUCAUGGACACACUGCCGGGGAAUAUCAAGGUAGGCCUAGUGUCGCUUAACGAGAACAAACUAUUACCUCGUGGACUAUUUUGUUUUAUUUUAUUAGCUUCGCCAAAAACAAACAAACAAGCAAACAGACAAACAGAAAGAACGUUGGCAGGGACACCACAACAGCUGUGGCCAAUUACAGCGGGCCCUUUAUGUGACAUAAUGUUAACAUAAAUGACAUAUUGUAACUCAAACUACCCUAUUAGCACGGAAAGAGAAUUUUCGUCUGCCUUUUUUUACGUGUACGUUUUUACGCAUAUGAGGGCAGCGCGGACAAUCGGUCGUCUUGUCAAGCUGGUCAUACGGUGACCCUGGGCUCGAGCUACCGCUCCUACCACUUGUUGCUGGAUUUGUUUCUCGGUCUUUCCGAGUCUAAAUCGUGGAGCGAGGUAACUCAUACCAUGAAGACACUGCAAGGGAUCUUCAAGGUCAAGCGAGUGACGCUGAAGGAGAUCUAACCACGGACUUUCAUAACCCUAUUCAGUCUACCGGGGCGUUUUCUUUGAAGUUAAAUAACUUUGAAGUCGUUUAAGCUAUGACCGCCAAAAGUCAAGAACUUUCUAAGACUUUCUAGAUCUCUGGGAACAUUUUAAAGUCGUCGCGUCGGGAACAUCAACAUUGACGUUACCAUAGCAACUGAACUUUGACAGCCAUAUUAUGGAAAUUUGCUCUUUUCUGUAAAAAACGAUUCCAUUUCGAUUCUGACCUAUUUAAUGAUUAUAUAACACCUAAUUUGGCAUUAUUACAAUAGUAAAUUUAGUAAAGCUGUUAAAUGUAAUCCAAAAUAGUGUCAUUUAAUUUUAAUCGUCGCUAAAUUUAAGUGAGUACAAUAUGAAAUUCCACCAUCCGUGUAUAACUUUGUGAGAAGAGCCUUAAGAUAUAACAUUACAGUUAGAGCAGUAAUAAUAAUUUACUCACUUCUAUACACAGUUCGUUUGUUUCUUUCAAAAACACUUUGAAAACCUUGAUUCACCAAAGUUUAAGUUUGUGAAAUCGCGAAAAUUUGUGAGUUUUGUUUCAAAAUGUACGAAAAGUCGCUAAUUAAUCAAAAUCGCUAAAUUAACGGGUCGCCAAACUUCCAUGUAAGGUAGCUCAAAAAUAAGAGGUCCAAAAUGGCGGAAGUUUUUAGUUCCUUCGAUUUUCUUGUUUUUUUUUUUGUUUUUUGUUUUGCUUCUUUUGUCAUAACAUUGAUUUCAGCUCUGAUAGAGGCCAGAAAACACUCUAAAGGCCAGACUAUCAAAUACAUUACUGGGGGCUUAAAAAAAAAACAAGAACAAGAGCAGCGGUUUGAGAGGUAACUUCAACACAGUGCGGAAAACGCCUUCAUUUCAUAUAUUGUUAAACAUUAAAAACAUGGGCACGAAUAUGUUCUAAUUAGAGUUUGAAACUGAAAAUGUUACAAAUAUGCACAUGAUGAACAUAUUAUGUAUCUUUUGCGUGCGUUUGACUAGGAAGGAAGCGUUGCUUCGAAGACGGACCCAGUUUGCAGCCUGCAGUAUCUCCUGGGAUCCCCCCCUGUACUGAGAGUAACUGAGAGGAUCUGA